AUGGGUGUUGAAUUAUCUCUUGAUCCACCAGUUUGUCCAAUUCAAGCGAUGGGUGGAAAAUCGACUCAUAAAAUGAUCAAUCAUACGGAUAAAAUUAUUGCAUUCAAGGUUGGUUUCUGGGAAAUUGGGUUGAAUGAGAUUUAAAGAAGCAGAGAGAAAAGUGGGCCUGGAAGCCUGAAGUGGACUAAAAUCCGGGCUCACUUUAGUCAUCUUGAAAAUUUUUGUUCAAAGUUUAAGCCAAAUUUCGCACCAAUGGUAUUCAAAAUGCACCUAACAAUAAAAUAGUAUCAGUUUUCUGAAAUUCAGAAAUUUUUUCAUAAAAACUAUUCCGAACCUUCCCAAUUUCCUCUCAAAUUAAAAUUUUCAGAUCAAAUCUUCAAACAAUUCAAACUACAGUGUUAAUCAAAUCUUUGGAAUCAUCAAAGUUUCCGAAACUUUCACCUUGGUCAUCACAAGAAAACCUGGAAAGCCACAAGCCGAUAAAUUAGUUAUUCAAUAUGUUGCAAUUGGUGAAGAUGUGACUGACGCCAAGGCUGUUUUUGCCACUCCAAAUCCAACUGGAGUUUUUGACGGUGAAACUAUCAUCAAAUUGUCGGCCGCUGAAUAA